AUGCCUAAUCAGCCACCAGGAACAUUCCCUAUCCCCGAAGCUCGUGCCCGGAUGCUCGCCGAGAAAAUGCGCGGCAAUCUUGAACAAAACCGAGCAUCCACGCCCUCCGCCGCUUCCGACACCACCGGCACAGCCUCCUCCGCGACACUCUCGCCAACCGACAACCCCGCGACCCCAAUGCCCGGCGGCGCCACGCAUCCAGCCUACUACCAGCCGCCUCCGCCUCCGCCUCCGCAUUCGCCGCAAGCGCCCGACGACCAAACCGCGACGCCCGCGACAUCAAAGAACAACGAGCUGCUCCGCCACCUCCUCCUCCAAGAACUCCAAAAACACCCCACCACGGCGCCGACAACGCCAGCACCACAGCACCCCAUGGCGCCGACACCAGCACCGAACCACAUGGCGCCGCCCCCCCUCCUCUUCACACACACCCACGGCCGCGCCCACCUCCACCCGCACGAGCGCCUCGCCGCCGACAUCCCGCGUCUACACGCACGACCACUACCCUACUACACCGUCGCUCCCACGCGCGGCGCGCUGGCCGACGACGUGACGGACUACAUCCCCUCUCAAGCCUGGGCGAGCGCGGCGAAUCUGCCGGUCGGACUGGGCUGGCUCGAGCAGCCUGAGUUCGUGGUGAAGCAGGACCACAACAGCAACAGGAACAGCAGGACGGAGAACGACAACAACACGCUCGUCCCGCUCCUCCGCGACGCGCAGACGGGCCGCGUGGCCGAGGGCGCGCUGGGGCAGCCGCUGUACGACCUGCCGAUUUUGGCAAGUAGGAUCUCGACGCAGGUCGAGGCGUGGCGGGUGGCGAUGUGGCUGUGCUACGACGGGCGGGUGACGCUGUACGAUGUCUCGGCGCGGAUGCGCGUCGUGCGGACGAGCGAGCAGUUGGAGAUUGUCGAGGAUGCGUUGGCGCGCCGCGUCGUCAUGUGGUGCGAGCAGCACGCGGGCAUGAUGUUUCACGUGCCCGUCGACGUCGUUACGGAGAGGGAUGUGCGGCUGGUCGGCGAGCUGGGGGAGGAGAAGGUGUUGAGGAAUGCAAGGUGGGAUUUGUGGAGGCGCGUGCCGGGGAGGGGGGUGGCGGAGAAGGAGGAGGAGUACGAGAGGAGGGGGAGGGAGGCUGAGCCGGUGUUUGUGACGCAGCCGAGGAAGACUGCGGAUGGAGGCGAAGGAGGGCUGGGGGCCAUGUGGCCGGCGUUGCGCAUGCGUGAAGGGGUUUGCUAUGGAGAGAAGGCGGCCGUGGCGCUGGGGGAGUGGCAGGAGAGAGAGAAGGAGAGGCUGACCGGGGUUCCGCGGCAGAAGAAGAAGAAGGUGGAUAUGGCGGAAGAGAUGCUGCAUAAGUGGCUGUUUGGGACCAGGGCGCUCAGGGAGCGGCCAACGCCAAGGGAUGCGGUGGCCAUGAGCCGCGAUCCGAAGUGGGCUUUGGAGAGGUGGAAUGUCGAGCCUUACGAUCCGGCCGCUGUCGAUCCUCGUCUCCAGCACGAUACGGGCGCUGGACUCCACAGCCCUUAUCUGAACAGCACCUGUCCUACUGUCGCUGCCGGCGCGUUUUCUCAUCCUCACGGUCAGCCUCCGGACAACACUUCGAACGCCGGUCACGGCACUCCAGGAAGCGCCGGGCUCCCCAUGCAGAAUUCCACUGCUCAGACCAGUCCUCAUCCAACUCUUCCUUCGGCUUCUCCACAUACUCCUCAGAUGUCCCUCCAGUCACCUACUCAGCAAGCUUCUCAGUCAGCUCCUGCAUCGGGCCCCCAGGUUCAAAGCAACGCCGCCAUGGGAUUGGGUCUCAGCAACAUCCACCUCCCCAACACGGCUCAACCCCAGCAUCAUCCCUCCACACCCACAGUCCCUGCAGCGAUGCCAUCUCCAAACGCCUCGAGUACGAUGCAAUCUCCCAGCAGGUCACCUCAAAGUGCCGGCGCAACGAUCGGACAGCGACCCAGUGGCCCAUUCACUCCUCCGUUGCAGCACGCUCAAGCUCGCCCAGCUCCUGCGACUGCGCCGGCGACCCGAUUCGUCAAUAUGGACCGAGACUCAUACGGUCGUCCCGACAAUCAGGGUGUUGUGCAAGAAGCACAUGCACGACGUACCCCGACGCCCAAUGCCGGGGACUCGCUCUGGCCCAAUACCUUCAAACCCCCGUCCCCAGCAGGAGGACCUGGAACGUGA